AUGGAAAGGAAACGGAGACAUCCAUUCGCACACAAAAAGCAAAGAAAACGAAAGCAUCUCUCUCUUCCUGGCGAGGCAGCAGCCAUGGCUGCAUCUGGGGGUCCCGUGCAGGAUCUCUGCAAGGAAGCCACUUGCCCCAUCUGCCUGGAGAGUUUCCGGGAUCCAGUGAUCAUCCCGGAGUGCGGGCACAACUUCUGCCGAUCCUGCCUGAUCCAGUGCUGGGGGGAAUCCGAGGGAGAGGCUUCCUGCCCUCAGUGCAGGGAAAUCCUUCAGCACAGGAACCUCAUCCCCAAUCGGCCGCUGGCAAACGCUGUGGAAAAACAUACAGUCGGGAAACUCCGUCUUCAAGGUGAAAAGGAGCCCGAAGGAAAGGGGAAGAUCUGCGAGAAGCACCAGGAGCCCCUGAAGCUCUUCUGCAAGGAGGACGAAAGCCCCAUCUGUGUGGUGUGUGACAGAUCCAAGGAGCACAAAAGCCACAAGGCGAUUCCUCUGGAGGAGGCGUCCCAGGAGUACAAGGUGAGAAAUCUCUCUGGGUUUCCUUUGGGGAUGGUGAGGGUGAAUUAGCAACAGAGAAGGGGGUCUUGCAAGAAAACGCUUUAAUGUAUUCUCCCCUCCGGCAGCCAAAGAGUCACUCGCCAGCAGGAGCUUUUGUGCAGCCUUCUAAAAACUAAACUUUGGAAACUCUGUUCAAUAAACAUUUCUUUUUUCCUUUCUGGGGAUUACAGUGCCCCUAAUGUCCCCCUGCAGGAGAAACUCACCCCCAGUUCAUCCUCUGGAAGCAGCUCCCUUAGGGAAGGGCUGGAGGGAGGAGCAAUGGAGGUGGCAGGGAUAGAAUCACAGAAUGGUGGAGUUGGAAGGGACCCUGAGGGCCAUCUAGUCCAACCCCCCGCAAUGCAGGAAUUCUGCCCACAGCCGUCCCUGGUUGGGCUCGAACCACCAACCUUCUGGUUACCAGCCAGACACACUGACCCAUUGCAUCACAGGCUCCCAGGAUGAUGAAGGCAAAGACCACGGUCUUUGGGGCAGGGAGCAAGCAUGUGAUUCAACUUUCCUGUUAUUAUGAAUUCCAACAGAGAAAAAAAGCAAGCAAACUUUGAUUUCCUUUUCUUUUCAGGAUCGGAUCAGCAGCUGCCUAGACAAUGUGAGGAAGGAAAGAGAGAAAAUUCUGGUGUUUAAAGCAAACACAGAAAAGGAAAGUCAAGACCUGCUUGUAAGCAUCAUUGUUAUUUGAAGGUGAAAAAGUGGAUUAUAUAUUGGGGGGGGGGGAUGAAUAUCGAAUACAGAAAGCGGUUUCUUUUUGAACACCCUGAUCACCCACAGGGCAUGAAAGACCAUUUGAAGGAGGAUGGGGUGGGCUUGUAAAUUUUUACGAAACUCUUUUCCUGCUGGAGUGAUCUCUCUAAAAUGGCAGACUUGCCCUUCCAAGUGAAUUCUGAUAUCUGGCCUCUUCAUCCUGCAACAUUAUGCCUGAUAGUGGCCUGCUGUUCUCCUCCCCUUUCUCUUUUUGCUGCUGCAGAAGCAAAUGGAAGCAGAGAAGGGGAAGUUGGUGGCUGAGAUCAGGCGAAUGCAUCAGUUUCUGGAAGAACAAGAGAAGCUUCUUCUGGCCCAGAUGGCAGAAGUGGAGAAGGAGAUUGCAAAGAAAAGGGAGGAGCACCUGGCCAGACUCUCCAGAGAACUCUCCUCUCUUGGCAGCCUCAUCCGGGAGAUGGAGGAGAAGCUUCAGGAACCAGCGAGUGAACUCCUGCAGGUCAGGCGUCAUCCUGAUGCGAGAGGGUGGAGUGGGCUGCUUCAGACUACAGGCAUUUCUUAGUCCUUCCCCACAUAAAAGUACUGUUGUAAGAAAAACAAGCAGUACAUGAAUGCUAAAAGGUGUCAGCCCUGGCAAAGGAGCCAACUCUGAGGGCCUGAGGUCCCUUGGACACCCCAAUAAAAUAUUUGAGAGGACCAGCCCCCUCCAAUAAUGGACAUUUGUUUUGAAAUGGGGUGUGUGUACAGUGGUACCUCGGGUUAAGAACUUAAUUCGUUCUGGAGGUCCGUUCUUAACCUGAAACUGUUCUUAACCUGAAGCACCACUUUAGCUAAUGGGGCCUCCCGCUGCUGCUGCUGUGUGAUUUCUGUUCUCAUCCUGAAGCAGAGUUCUUAACCUGAGGUGCUAUUUCUGGGUUAGCGGAGUCUGUAACCUGAAGUGUCUGUAACCCAAGGUACCACUGUACUGCAUCUUGUGAUUGAUUAUGUGGGGCGGAGCUUACUUGCCCACCCCCCAAUAUUUUCUUCAAGUUGUCACUAGAUCAAAGCACUGGCCCUUUCCGUCCUGCUUCCUGUUCUUGCAUUGGCCAACCAAAGGUCUCUGGGAAGCCCACAAGCCAAUAGGGCUCUGUAUUCAAUUAACCUUUACUUAGAGUAGACUGAUUGAAAUUAAUGGGGAUGACUAUCUUAGGUUCAUUAAUUUCAGUGUGCCUGAGUAAAAGCGAGUUGAAUACAACCGAUACUGCCUCCAACACAGGCAUUCCAAAUUGGCACUGCAUCACCUUUUCAUUCAGAUGCUGUCUUGGGUCCAGCCAGAGAGGGGGUGACCUAUUAUUAUUAUUAUUAUUAUUAUUAUUAUUAUUAUUAAAAAAAUAAGUUUGUAUAGAGAAUAUGUUUGUUUGUUCAGGGGAUAUGAUUGAGUGUGGAAUGUACAUAUCAGAGAUCUCAGGUGAACACGGUACCAGCAUGCGCUACAGGGCAAAAUGCAAAAUUCCAGGAGGUGGGAUUGAAUCUCUCAGGUGUUGUCAUGCGUCCAACACAGUAAGCGUUGUUAAUUAAAAAGGAGAAUUUAUUGCAAAAACAAACAGAUAGUCCGGAUGACUGUAACAUAGCCUCCGGCCUCAUCAAUCAACAUGACUCUUCUGUUGCAUCUUUUGUUUUGCUUCCUGUCUAGAAGCCCUCCCAUUCGUUGGCUCCUUGGAGAGAUAGGAUUAGUGCCAACCCCUUUCUUUUUCCAGUGUCUCUCUGUUUAUUCAUGCCUCUUUGAGCUUCCAGCGAGCUUUGUCUGUGUUGUAGCCAGCUCCCCCUGACUGACUAACAUCAAAGCCUCCCUGUUUUGGGCUACUUUCUGAAGCCUGCUGCAAAUCUUCGCUGAGAGCUGUCUCAUUCCUGACAGCUGUUUGGGUGACUUGGGUGACUUGGGUGACUUGGUCAUCACUGGAAUGGCUGACUUUUGCCAUCUGAUGGUUAUUCCAAAGUUACGUGGUACUGCAUAUUUUAUUGGGGGUCUUUUGUUUUGUGUUUGGCUAACCUCUCUCUGCUUCAGCAGCUUAGUAUUUAACUGACCGCAGGGCUCUCUGCAGAAACGGCUCCAUGGAUAUCUUUUUCUUUCUUUCCUUCCAGGAUAUCAGAAGCUUCUUGCAGAGGUAAGUGAUGGAAAUUUGCUGCUUUAAGAAAACCCCUCCCUUAUUAUGAUGCUAGGAACAUUCUUGUUUAAGGGGCGAGAAACUCGCUCUCCAGUUCCUCCUUACAGAGAUAGCUUAGGACUCCAUCAUCCAUCUCACAAGAUCACAGACAAAAAUAGGGAAACAUUUUCGCAGUCAUUUGUAGUUAUUGGUCUCAUCUAUAAUAACAGACAGGAAGCCAUUCCCAUUGCAUACCUCUGAAGGCCCUUCUCUGUGAUGGAUUCAUUUACUCUGCAAUUGAUACAAAAAGGGGGGGGACACCCCAAAGGGGCUUGUAAACAUCUUCACUAUAACUUACCCUUAAAUAUUCAGUGUAUUUCUGGCUUCUGCAGGUUCUUCCUCAGACAUAAGAAUGUGAGAAAGGGCCCUGCUGGAUCAGGCGAGUGGCCCAUCUAGUCCAGCAUUUUGUUUUCACAGUGCCUAACCAGAUGCCAGUGCAAAACCCGUGGUGAUCAGGUUCCGAGCCCCAGAGGACACUCCCCUCCUGUGGAUCAGAGGCACCACUGCCUUUGACCCAGCCAUCGUGAAUAGUAGCCACUGAGAGCCUUGUCCCCAAAACACCUGCAACAUAUUCAAACACUUACGAAUUUUGAGAAUCUUCCAUGUUUAGAAAAUACUGCUUUGAUUUCUUUUCUUUUUUAAAAAAACUUUUUUAUUCAAAAUUACAACAACAAUCUUUAUUACGGUCCAGAGACCCAACCAAACAUUACAAAUCAAUACACAGUUCAUACAGCCUACCUCCAGGUUAAUUAAUCAUUUUGUUUAGAAUAUAGGGCUCAUUUGUUCUUGCAACCACCGAUAGAAACUUUGCCACUGCCAACAUUCUAGCUUUUGUCCGGUCUUCCAGUAGGAACCUGACAUAGUGAGUCUCUGACUUUCCCAGGAAAGGCACCAGCAGAGGUUGUAUCAGUUCAGCCCUGGCCUGCUCAUACUUCGUACAAUGCAACAAAAUAUGAUUUAUGGAAUCGAUGUCUUGAGCACACAAGCAAAGUCUGUCCUGGUAGGGAACUCCUCUCAACCUACCAUCCAGCACUGCAGAGGGGAAGACAUUUAAUCUGGCUUUAGUGAAAAGCCUUCGAUAGUUAGGUACUGUCACGUUUUUGAUGUAAGAUGUUAACUCAAAGACAUACCCAUAUUGAACUCCUGCUGCCAGCGGACUACAGACUGCGUGUGAUCGAGAUCGCAAGUCGCUGUGUGCAUUGUCCCAUAAUCUUUGCUUUAAAACCUUUUGGGCGCCUUCAUAACCCAGGUAAUACAGUUGGGGGGGAGACAGACCAAUAGAGGUGGCUUUUUUAGCCAUGGUUUUCUGCCAUUUGCUGACAAAUUCCUCAUUGGUCAAAUGUUGGUACAGAACCUUCCCUAAAUUAAACACUGAAAUCCUGAUCCAAUGUUUUAGGGCAGCCCACCACGCUCUAGCUGAAAUUGGGUAUUCACCAGCUUCCAACAGAAGUACGGAGUUGGGGACGCAGUUAGGUACCUGCAGCAGAGAUCGUAUAAAUUUUGCCUGAAAGCCAUCUAGCUUUGGCAGGUCCCCAUUAUGCCAGACAUUUGCUGCAUACAGGAGUUGGGAAACGGGCUUUGCGUUGAAAACCCUUAAGGCUGCUGGAACAUAUUUGCCGCCCUUUGUGUAGAAGAAUCUAUGUAUGGCUAGCUUUGUAAUCUCCGCCUUUUGAAGGGAGGUUUGCCAAUGGUGCUUCCAAGAUCCUGUAUGAUGGAAUGUGAGCCCUAGGUAACUGAAGUAUUUUACCUGUUCAAGGUUAUGGCCAUCCAGCACCCAUUUAGACUGGGAGAAUCUUCUUUCGAAGACUAAAAUUUUAGAUUUUUCAUAAUUAAUGGAUAAACCAUUUCCAGAACAGUAAUCAGAAAAUUUCCUCAACAGAUAAUUCAAACCCGGUCUGGAACGCGAGGUGAUGGCUGCGUCAUCAGCAUACAACAACAAAGGGGUCCUUCUCAUUCCUAUUUUUGGAAUGUGUCCAUCUGUGUCCAUUAAGUUCUCUUCUAGGUCAUUUACGAAUAGACAAAACAAUGUGGGGGCCAAAAUACAACCCUGUCUCACCCCCCUAGUCAUCUCGAUGUUGUUCGAUAGCUGUCCCUGUCGACCGCAUCGGACCUGCAGUUUGCUUCCAUUGUACAGGGCUUUUAUAAGAAAGAGAAGUCAUUUGUCCUGCAAAAUCAGACUCAAUUUGGACCAUAGCUGGGAUCUGGGAAUGGAGUCAAAUGCUGAUUUCAGAUCCAUAAAGGCCACAAAGAGUUUACCCUGUAGAGGUCUGGUAUACUUCUCAGCUAGGAAGGACAGCAUUAGACAGUGGUCUGUUGUUGAAUGGUUCUCACAGAAAGCUGCCUGGGCUUCAGAUAGUAUAUUAUGUUCAUUUAGAAAAGUUGUCAGUUUGCUACUGAGGAAACGGGCAUACAGCUUCCCAAUUAUUGAGAGCAGGCUAAUAGGCCUAUAAUUGGAAGGUACAUUUGGGUGGCCUCUCUUAAAGAUUGGAACUACUAUAGCAUGUUUCCAGCUAUAUGGUACCUUACCCGAGUUAUUUACUACCGUAAAGAGUGCUGCCAGAAGCGGAGCCCACCAGUGCUGGUUUGAUGUAAUCAGCUCUGCUGGGAUAAAGUCUUUCCCGGAGCCUUUCCACUCUUCAGAUUCCCAAUUAAUGUAUGGACUUCCUCCACAGUAACCGGCCUCCAAUUAGGGAGCAGUGACAAUUCUGCCCUGUCAUCCUCCUGUAAGCUGGAAGGGAGGUUUGGAUUUUCCAUAAAUAUAUUUCUGAAGUGGUUCUCCCAAACCUGAGCUGGAAUGACACAGCUGGGGACUGAGGAACUAUUUUUCAUUGAGUCGGAGACCAGUUGCCAAAAGAGUUUAGUUUCAUUGUUUAGUGAGGCAUUCAAUAGUAGGGACCAGGAAUUUUGUUCGGACUGCCUUUUCUUUGAGGCCAAAAGGGCUUUGUACUCUUUUUUGAUUUUGAAAUAAGAUUGAGGUAAAUAGUUUAAUCCAGCGUUUCUAUAGGCCAAAUAGGCGUUCCUUAAGGCUUCCUUCUUUGUGUGGCACUCUUGGUCAAACCAACCGUGCCCUUUAGCAGUGCGUGGCUUGCCGGCUGAGUUUAUGUUAACCGAGACCACAUCCUGCAAGGACUCAAUGAGAUUUUUGUAAGCUGUCAGGGAGGAGUCUAUUGAUAAAUUGUUUAUUAUAAUUGAUCUUAACUUAAUUGCAGUUUGUGAAUUCAAUCUAUUCUCAACUGCAAUUGCUAUCUCAGGUGUCCAUUUUUUCCUACGCAAUGCUGGAUCAUUUGCUUUAUCUAUAACCUCAUGUUCUAUGUGAGAGCGCUGAAUUGAAUUUUGGCCAGUAGUGGAGAUGAUUAGAGGUAAGUGGUCACUUUCAGUCCUAUUAUCUAUGGUGAAUUUUUUAAUUGAUUCGAAGGCCUCUCUGUUAGUGAGACAGUAGUCUACUGUGCUGGCUCCAUUUGUAUUUAUGAAUGUAUACUCGCCUUCUCUGUCCCCAGGGAAUGCCCCAUUAGCAAUGAUGAGGUCAAGACUUAUUUGUAAAAGAGCCAGGCAGAAUCCAGCAUAGUUGAUUUGGCAAUCUUUUGAAUGUCUACGUGGGGGCGGGUUUAGAAAGAGGGUGCUAUUUUCCUUUAGAUCUCUUAAUAUUGGGAAUUUUAUUUCCAGGCUAUCAUCAUUUGAGCCUAUUCUGGCAUUCAUAUCUCCCAUUAGGUAAAAUGGCGAUCCAGGGUCCCUAAUUUGUAGGGAAUAAAGGAAACUAUGGAAUUUACGCCACGUGCUCUCUAUCUGUGUUUGCACUGUAUAUGGUGGAAUAUAAGCUGAAACGAGAAUAAUACUCUUGGAUUCCAUAUGCAAAGUGAUCCCCAGUGCCAGCUGCUCGAAAACUGAGCACUCAAUAACUUGUGACGCCAAUUGAGUGGAAAUUAUUCAAAAUUAAAACAAAACAUAUUAUCCAGAAACAUAUCAUCCUUAUUUCCCCCCCAUUUUUCCUCCCUCCCCGCCUCCCACACAAAACCCACCCCCACCCCACCCCCCGACUUCCCUCAGUUCCAGUCUUUGAUUUCUCUAAGAAUGCUGUUUUCUGCAUUCUGUUACACAGUUGUAUAGUUCCUCAAACUUUUUAGCUGAUUGUCAUCAAUAGAAAAGUUUGUGAAUGUUUAUUCAAAACCUGCCAAGGAGUCCAGUUCGCUUUGUUGCGUCUUCAAAUACUUUGUAAAGGAUUCCCAUUCAUCUUUAAAGCCACAGUUAUCCUUGUCCCGUAGCUUAUAUGUCAAUUUUGCCAGUUCUGCAUAGUCCAUCAAUUUUUCUUGCCAUGAUUCUUUAGUUGGGGUUUCUUCAGUCUUCCAUCCUUGUGCUAUUAGAACUCUCGUGGCCGUUGUCGCCUACGUGAAGAUGUUUUUCAGCUUUUUUGGCAGAUCUUUCCCUACAAUACCUAACAAAAAUGCUUCAGGUUUUUAAACAAAUGUUAAAUGGAACAUUUUCUUCAAUUCAUUGUAUAUCAUUUCCCAAAAAUUUUUAAUUACAUUACAAUCCCACCACAUGUGAUAAAAUGUCCCUUCCUUUUCCUUACACUUCAACAUAUAUUUGAAGAAGAAGAAGAGUUUGGAUUUGAUAUCCCGCUUUAUCACUACCCAAAGGAGUCUCAAAGUGGCUAACAUUCUCCUUUCCCUUCCUCCUCCCCCACAACAAACACUCUGUGAGGUGAGUGGGGCUGAGAGAUUUCAAAGAAGUGUGACUGGCCCAAGGUCACCCAGCAGCUGCAUGUGAAGGAGUAGGGAAGCGAACCCGGUUCACCAGAUUACAAGACUACCGCUCCUAACCACUACACCACACUAGCUAUUUGAGCUAGUUUUGUACAUUUUCCCUAACUGCACUGGUGUCGUGUACCAUCUGUACAUCAUCUUCAUGUAAUUCUCCUUCAGUAGGGAACAAUCUGUAAAUUUUAAAUCAGUUUUCCAUAAUUUUUCCCAAUCUUCCAUCAUAAUGUUGUGACCUACAUCUUGUGCCCAUUUAAUCAUAACUGAUUUUACCUCUUCAUCUUUCGUCUCCCAUUCUAAUAAUAUGCUGUAUGCUGCCUUCAGUAAUUUCACUUUACCUUUGAUCACUUCCGUUUGAAACCUAGAUCUUGUGUAACUGAAUCCUUUCUUGCUGUCUUCUUUAUGUGUUUCAUAUAGUUGUCAAUAAUGCAAUCAACUCUGAAAGUGGUCUUUGAUCUCAUCGUAAUCUCUUAAUUUCCAUUUUUCAUCAUGGUCCUUUAAUAAAUCAACAUAUGUGAGCCAUUUUCCUUUCUUUCCAAGUGGUUUGAGCAGUAAUGCUUCAUGUGGUGAAAGCCACCACGGGGUCUUUUGUUCCAAUAAGUCUUUAUAUCUCUCCCAUACUCUCAUUAGUGAUUUCCUAAUUAUAUAGUUGUGAAAGCUUCUAUGAACCUUCCCUUUCCCGUACCAUAAGUAUGCGUGCCAGCCAAAUCUGUUGUCAUGUCCUUCUAGUUCAAAUGCCUCUUGCUUAUCCAGUCUCAUCCAGUCCCUGAUCCAUACCAAACAAGCAGAUUCAUAAUACAAUUUAAGGUCAGGGAGGGCAAACCCGCCUCUGUCUUUUACGUCUGUAAGUAUUUUAUGUUUUAUCCUUGGCCUUUUGCCCCCCCCCCCCCGAUAAAUUUUGAAAUCUCUUUCUGCCAUUUUUUAAAACAUUCAUCUUUCAGAAUGACAGGUAUUGCUUGAAAAAGAAAUUGCAUUUUUGGCAACACAUUCAUUUUAAUCGCCGAUAUUUUUCCUUACAAUGAGAGAUUCAUUCUACUCCAUAUUUCUAAAUUUCUUUUUACCUCAAGCCAAUUUUUUUCAUAGUUAUUUUUAAAUAGGUUUAUAUUUCUUGAUGCUAACAAAAUCCCUAAAUAUUUAACCUUUUUAUGGACUUCAGUGUUUUGUCCUAACUCGGUUCUUUCUUCUUCCUUCAGGUUUUUAACUAAUAAUUUAGUUUUAUUCCUAUUUAACUUAAAUCCUGCCAUUUUAGGGAGUGAAGUUUUAGGUUCUUCCACUGUUAUCACUAGGUCAUCUGCAUAGGCUUUUAACUUGAAUUCACUUUUCCCAUUUUUUACCCCUGUGAUCUCUUUACCUGCUCUUAUGUUUUUGGCAAGUACUUCCAAGACCAGGGUAAACAAUAAUGGUGAUAAUGGGCAUCCUUGUCUUAUUCCUUUUUGGAUCUUACAGUCAUCCGUUAUCACCUUAUUUAUAAUUAGUUUGGCUUUUUGUUCUGAAUAGAUUGCUUCUAUUCCUUUUAAAAACUUAGAACCACUUCUGAUUUGUUCUAACAGCUUUAUCAUGAACUUCCAAGAAACAUUAUCAAAGGCUUUUUCAGCAUCAAUAAACAUCAUUGCCACUUUCUUUUCAUUUUUAACCUCCAAAUAUUCUUUUAUAUUCAAAAUAUUCCUUAUAUUCUCCUUCAUUUGUCUUCCUGGUAAAAACCCGGCUUGAUCUUGAUGUAUAUAUUCAAUUAAUAUUUUUUUUAAUCUAUUAGCUAGAAUAUUUGCAAACAAUUUGUAAUCAUUAUUUAACAAGGAGACAGGCCUAUAGUUUUUAACUUGCAGCAAAUCUGCGUCUUGUUUUGUAAUUACUGUUAUAUAGGCCUGUUUCCAUGUUUCUGGGAUUUCUCCUGUGUUCAAUAUUUCAUUCAUAACAUCUUUCAAUGGAUUCGCUAAUUGUUCAUUUAAUUUCUUGUAAUAUUUUACCGUAAAGCCAUGGAGACUUGCCGUUUUUAGAGCUUUUUAUUGCCUCAAAUAAUUCUUGCAUUGUUAUCUGGGAGUUAAGAAUGUUCCUUUGUUCUUCUUUUAAAUAUGGCAUAUUGCUACUUCUGAUGUACUCUUCUAUCUUAGAUGUUUUUUCUUUCCCUUUUUUAUACAGCUUAGAAAAAUAUUUAACAAAUCCUUCUCUUAUUUCCUUCAGUUUGUCUGUAAUUCUGCCAUUUAUGUUAAUUUUAUUUAUGGAGUUCCUUUGUUCACUUUUUUCAACUGCCAGGGUAACAACUUCCUGGGUUUAUUUGCGUGCUCAAAAUGUUUUUGUUUUACUCUUUUUAUUUUCCAGCUAAUUUCCUUGUUUAUAAUCAUUGAAUAUUGGGUUUGUAAUGUUUUGAUUGCCUGUUUUACUGCCUCUUUAUUUGCCUUUUUUGACAGCUGUUUCUCCUUUUUCAUAAUUUCCUCUAAUAUUUCUUUUUUCUUUUGCUCUCUCAAUUUCCUUUUAAAUGAGUUUUGUUGUAUAAAGAAUCCUCUCAUUACAGCCUUGCUUGCGUCCCAGACCGUCUGUAACUUUGUUUGCCCUUGACUGUUUAUUUCAAAAUAAUCCAUCGAGGUCUCUUUUGCUUUUUAAACACAUUUUUGAUCAUCUGAUAAAUGAUCAUUAAUCUCCAUCUAGUCAGGGAAUUAUGCUCUGAAAAGAUGCUGGGAUUGCUUUCAAUUUUUUUGACUCUUGUUUCCAAUUCUUUGGAACUUCCUUAUGUUUCAGAAAUGCACAUACCAGAUACACAUACACAUAAAUGCACAUACCAGACCUAUUUUGUUCUGCUCAUUAGUCACUUCAAAUGCUUCACUAAAACUGGUGUAGUCCUAAAAUCUCUGUGUAAGGACCGAGUAUUGUUCACUUUUCUUCAUAAAAGUAUGCAUAUAUCAGCUUAUUUCCCUUCAAUCUCAUAAUCAUAUAUUUCUUUCCAUGUAUUAUGGAAGCUAGUGUUUGUUGGUUUUCCUUCAACUUGUUAGGUGGUCUCUAGAUCCACACAACAAUCAGAUGCUCCUUUUAGCCAUAAAACUCUGCUCUCAAGUCUUCAUGAUAUAUCCAUGGUGCCUUUAUCAUCAGAAUGUGACACCUGCCUUGUCAGAAAGCUCCUUGCAUUGGAAAGAUGGUGGCUUGGCUUUGUUCUUCUCCUCCCAGGUCUCAGGAGAAGGAGAACUUAGAGGAUCCUCCUGUGGCUUUUCCUCCUGCCCUGAAGUGGAAGAUCUGGGACUUCAAAGAUAGAAAUCCGUUCCUGGAGGGAGUCAUGAAGAAAUUCAGAGGUAGUAAAGAAGAGCUGAAAAUAUUUUAUACUGGAUAUUUGAAAUUGUUCAUGAAAGGCUCCAAGACAUUAGCAGUGCCAGGAAAAUGACAGGGGUGACCUGGGGGGAUUAUGCACAAUCCCCAGGAAUGUAACCCUGGAAAAAGUUGAACUCUCCCCAUCUCUCAGCCAGACUUUGGGUGCUUUCACACAUCUCACUUUUCGGGCUUUUCGCCUGUUUCUUUGGCCCUGAGAUUGAUGUAAGGGGAGCAGAAGGAGAGAGGAGGGCUGUCCAGGAGCAGAGGGGACUGGGGCUGAGGCCUCCCGUCCUGGAACAGGGGUGUCUGGACCUUGUUGUUAAUGGGGAGAUCUUCUGGGGGUCUUGCUCCUCCUCUCAAGAUUUGGGCAGGCCUGAACUUUGACAUCACCCCUGCCCUGGUUAUGCAGGGAUAGCCAGUAUGGAGAAUUUCAGAUAGUUUUAAGUACAACUCCCAUAAUUUCCAGCUGGCAUGGCCAGUGGUUACGGAUGAUGGGACUUGUAGUCCACAACACCUGGCUAAAGUCUCAUGAGCUCAUAUUGUUUCCAGCUUUGUUGUUUGAAUGAUGGUGUGAUGCUAAAUCUCUGUUCCCUUUUCUCUUCCAGACACUGUGGAAUAUGGACUUCAGCUGCGAAAAGGUACAUUUAAUAAUAACAAUAUUCAUUUAUAUAAUAAUUUUAUUAGUUUUUAAAAAAAAUAAAAUUAUUGAGUUUAUUUUACAACACAUACAUACACGCUUAUCAAACUAAACAUAAAAACAGUAACGCCAAAUCCAAAUAAACAGCAACAGAACAAAAAGUUACAAAUAAAACAUAUUGGCGUAUGGAAACUUAUACAAAACAUCUCGUCCAUGAUAUAUAUAUACCAUAUUUCAACUCUUCUUUUCAUCCAAUUGACUUCCUUCAUCCUCAACACGGUUCUCUUUUCAACUUUUGGUAAACUGUCUCCUUUUUAGUUUUUUAUUAUCUCUUAUUCUUUCUGUUUUUAACUUAAGUACCAAAAAUUAUUUUGCAGAAAUUAAUUGAAAUAAGUGCAAGUAUUAAUUUGAGGGCACUGCUAAUAAUAAUAAUAAUAAUACAUAAAUACAUAAAUACAUAAAUGAUGUGAUAUACGCUUCCUUCCAUGUCAGUGGAAUCUUUCCUUUAUGCAAAAUAUUGUUCAUCACAUCCUUUAUUGGUAAUAACAAUUGUUUACCUAAGUUUUUUAUAGUAUUUUGCUGUAAAUUCAUCUGGUCCCGGUGCCUUUAUUAUUUAUUAUUUAUUAUUUAUUUAUUAUUAUUAGUUAUACCCAGUGCCUUUAUUAUUUAUACCCUGGCUGGAUUUCCCUAGUCAAUUAGGGUCAAGCAGAGGCACAAAUUCGGGAGAGAGGGGAUCUGCUUCUCAAAAGACCAGGCCACUGCAGCUCUUCCAUCCAUGCCUUAUUUCCCCUUAUUUCCCAGAGGCAUCUGUUCCGUAAGAGCAGCAUGCUGAGCUAGAUGGGCCCUUGGCCUGAUCCUGCAGACUCUUAGGAAGCCCCCAGCCCAGGAUGGCUGGCUUUUCUGUGCCCAAUCUCCAUAAGACACAGGGGUGGUGUGAAGCCAAAGGCUCCUGGCACAUGAGGGGGAAAUAUCCCUUUGAGCCAUACAGGGUCCCCACCCCUUUUAUGUAAGAGUGGGAAAUGCAUGAACACAAAUAGCUCAGAAAAUGGCUGCAACAACCUUUGGGUGCGAGAAGGUAAAUGGGUUCUGGCGUCACUGGAGGGAGGUGGGGGCUGCCUGAGUGUGAACUCCAGUGGUCCAGCGUCCCUGCAAUUGGAGGGGAGACAUGACUUCUCUGCUUCAACAUGAGGGCAGACCAGGGAAACCUGAGUAAACCUAAAAGAGCCGGGCAGAGCAGGGCAGAAUUGCACCACAGACCAGGGGGAAAGGCUCAGUGGGAAGACAGAAGACCAGUCUGGCCUGAUCCUGGACACCACAAAAAGGGAAUUAUAAGAGCUGGAAAAAAUGCAGCAAAUGGCAGCAUAAAGGAACCUCUUGCUUAUCUUUAAAAUCAUAUUCUGAUAUUCUUUUAGAAAACAGUGAGUAAAAUGAAUAAUGGCUAAUCAAUACAAUAAACAAGAAAAACCCAUUACAUUUAACAAAACAAAACAGAAGACUAAUAGCAGCACUGGCAUCAUCUAACAUCACAGACAGUAUAAUCUCCAAAGGCCGCUGUACAAAUGUGUGUCUUUAAAAAGAAAUCGCUUGACAAACUUUCCAUAACGUGGGGAGGGGGUGAGAGGACUGCAGAGCAGAUCUUCUUUGUAAUGUCCACAAGCCUGACCAAUUUUUAAAUAGGUUUCUCAUUAUGCUUCCACUGCCCACCUUUUCCAUAAAUGUGAUGAUCAUAUAGCCACAGGCCUGGGGAACCAGGAUGGGGUCUUUGCAUUGAAGGUGACAGGUGGGAAUGGCACUUGCUGGGUUUUAUAUAUCUUGCCCUUCAUCUUGAGAUAAAUGCAACAAUAAAUGCAUUAACACAAUUCACAGGAAAAGAAAGCCAUUCAUGUCAACGAUGUAAUAGCUGUGAAUAUAAAAGCUCCGCUUUAACCAAACCAUAAGAGAUAAUUGAGUUUGUUCUUGGCUGACUGCUCAUAGUUUGCCUGGGGGAAACAGACCAUAGGCCCACACUGCAGAACAUGGAAGGGAGUCCCUCAGAAGGUGGUGAACUCUCCUUCCUUGGAGGUUUUUAAGCAAAGGUUAGGUGGCCCCCUGUCGUGGAUGCUUUAAUUCAGAUUCCUGCAUUGCAGGGGGUUGGACUAGAUGACCCUUGGGGUCCCCACCAACUCUACGAUUCUACAAUGCGCUGUCAAGAAUCCCAAGCAGGACAUUUCACACAAGGGGGUCGCGGUAGCCUAACCACUUUCUUGCUUUUUAUAAACUACCUGGAAGGAUGGGGUCUAACAUUACAUUAAACAUUAAACUGGUUAGAAAAGAGCGAGAGCACUUGCUGCCAGUUUUACCUGGUAUGUCAAGCAUGGUCUCUGAUGUGAGGUAGAAGAUUAAGAUGUGAAUUAGGGAGUCCCUGCCUGUGGGGGGGGGGUAGCCUUAGACAAGCCACCGCCUCUCAGCCUCAGUUUUCCCAUCUGAAAAAUGGGCAUAGUAAGAUUGACUCAACUUACAGGGUCUUUGCAAGGGUUCGAUGUAAAUAAUGUGUGAAUCCUUGAAAGAACUGCAGAUGCUUCAAGAAUCCUUAUUAAGAACUUGAUGAACGUCCCUCUCUCGAAUGCAAAGCCAUGGAGUCCCUGUUCAUUUCAGAGGGGAUGCUGUUUCUGUCAUGUGCCUAAAAAAGAGUCAGCUUCCCUGUUGACGUUGUUUCUCUUCUCUUUCCUCCUCUGUCCCCACAGAAAAUGUAACUUUGGAUCCAGACACAGCACAUCCCCUCCUCAUCCUGUCUGAGGAUCACAAGCGUGUGAGUUGGGGAGAAGUCUAUCAAGACCUGCCAGACAACCCUGAGAGAUUUGACACACUUACCUAUGUGCUGGGAUGUGAGGGUUUCACGUCAGGCAGACAUUUCUGGGAAGUCAUUGUGGGAAGAGUGGAGAAGUGGGCGGUGGGGGUGGCCAGAAAGUCUGUGAAGAGGAAGGGUGUCGUGUAUUUUGAAAGUACGGAAGGGAUCUGGGGUUUCGCGAAGUGGGACUUUGGUUACACCCCCCGUAAGGCCCCUGUUCCAAGUGAGGAGCCCAAGAGGAUCCGAGUGGCCCUAAACUGCGAAGGGGGACGAGUGUCCUUUUACGAUGCAGACACAGCAGUCCUCCUCCACUCAUUCUCAGAAGCCUCCUUCUCAGGAGAGACCCUCCAGCCCUUUUUUUACGUGAGUGAGAAAGGGAACCUGAGACUCUCUUGA